AUGGACGCACAUCGGCAUUUAAACUCUGCCACGCGGUCGAGGGUUCGGAUGCGCAAGGCCUGUGAUUACUGUCGCAAGUCCAAGGUGAAAUGCGAAAAGAACGACGGUUCGCCUUCCUGCGUCGCCUGCGAGCGGAACAACACUGCCUGCAUUAUCACAUCCAGCGCGGAUGGCCCCUCGCCGCUCCGUCUUCAGCAUGGUUCGCCGACGAGGUUCCUUUCAUUCAAGCAAACGUCAAAAGCUGUUCUGUAUGAUUGGAUCUACGGGAAUACACCGACUAGCGAUCUGCUCAACUAUGGGGACCUGUGGAAGCAAGUUGUCCCAGGGGGCUGUCGCCGGAAUCUGUCCUACGCCUUGUCUCGUAUCGCACUUCUCGAGGACCACGCAGACAUUUCGAAGGCCUCAAUGAAGUCAACCCAAUCAGCCAACGUACACUUUCCUCUUCCUGCUGAGGCCGAAUUGCUACAGAUUCUCCUUACAUUCUCGGAAUGCACCGCCUCGCUCUUCCCUCUAUUCCGUGAGGAGAUAGAUGAAUGGCUUGCGGAAAAGACGUAUCUGCACCCCCGUCUGCCUGAGAACCCAGCUAGCUGGGCGGCCUUGAACAUCAGCCUGUCAAUGGGGUAUUCGUUCCACCUCCUGCAACACCCGAGCUGUCAUGAAGACAGCGUUAAAUGCAAGCGACAUCUCCAAAAUGCCCUGGCAACGCUCCCGUGUCUUCUUCUUGGGCGUCCCAACUUAACUGGUGUACAGGCACUUUUAGGAAUGGUCGCUUUACUCAACGGUAGACUUGAGUUUCCUUCCACUCAUGCCAUUCUGGCGGUUGCAAUCCGACAAGCCCACACAUUAGGCAUUCACCGCGUCGAUCAGAUGCAGAAUACCGACUCUGAAAGGCGGGCCCGGGUCUUUUGGAUGGGCUAUAUCAUGGACAAAAUGUCGUGCUCGAUUCAAGGUCUCAGUCCACUUGACGAUUACACGAAUAAUGAUAUCGUGCCUCCAGAUUUCGAAAGCAAUACCCAGGAACCACAGGGCCUACCGAACAUCCAGCAGCCACCUAACUUUCAGCUCAUCUGCCGGCUCUCCACUAUCAAGGCUCGCAUAUUCAGCUCCUUCUACGCGACUGAAGAAGCCGGCAGGGAAGGCGGACACCAUCACGGUAUCGACCAAGCACCCUCACUGGAAGAGCUGGAGAAGGAGUUGAGCGAUUGCGGAGGGUUGAUUUACUCCUGCUCUCGGCGUGAGGCUGACCUUGAAGUGAUGGAAGCAACUUCGUCGGAUCGACUGGUUACGGUGAUAAUUCUUCUGUCGUACUAUCAUUCCAUUAUGAUGUUGUACCAGCCGGUGUACCACAAUCUCUCUUCUGGUCCAGGGGCAACGAUGCAAGCAAUCCAGGUCACGGCCUGCAUUAACUCAGCUCGCAAAACAGCACAGCUGAUCCGAUAUUACCCUUUGAAUGUUUCUCUGGGCGUCCGGAGUCUUCUCAAUUAUGUCUUCACAUCGUUUGUGGUUCUCACCAUGCAUCUUGUUGAUGCCCCAACGGCGUCGACUGCUUGUGAUGACCUGCAGCUACUUAAUGAGCUAUGCGCGUUCUUGUCGAAGCUGAUUGAAGCGAGCCAGGGCAUACAUUUGAGAGCAUCCUUGGAGCCAUUUCUCACGGCGUGUCACUGCUACCGGGGGCUUGCAGAACGAGCAGUCUUGACAUCUAGUAAGUAG